GGCGCGGGCGCGGGGCAGGAAGUCCCGUGCGCCUGAGUCAGGGGCGGCCGGGCGGCCGCUGCCGGGGUCGGCGGCGAUGGCGCUGGAGACCCUCUCCCCGGACUGGGAAUUCGACCGCCUCGACGACGGCUCGCAGAAAAUUCAUGCUGAAGUGCAAUUGAAGAAUUAUGGAAAAUUUCUUGAGGAAUAUACAUCUCAGCUGAAGAGAAUUGAAGAUGCUUUGGAUGACUCUGUUGGAGAUGUUUGGGACUUCAGUCUUGAUCCCAUUGCUUUGAAGCUUUUGCCAUAUGAACAGUCCUCCCUACUGGAGCUCAUAAAGACAGAAAACAAGGUUCUAAACAAAGUUAUAACUGUGUAUGCUGCUCUUUGCUGUGAAAUCAAGAAGUUAAAAUAUGAGGCAGAAACUAAAUUUUAUAAUGGCCUCUUGUUUUAUGGAGAAGGAGCCACAGAUUCCAGCAUGGUGGAGGGAGAUUGCCAAAUACAGAUGGGAAGAUUUGUUUCUUUCUUACAGGAGCUGUCUUGCUUUGUUACCCGAUGUUACGAAGUGGUGGUGAAUGUAGUGCAUCAGCUGGCUGUUCUGUAUACCAGCAACAAGAAUGCACCUAAAAUUAUAGAGACAUCUGGAGUUCAUUUUCAGGCAAUGUAUGAGCAUCUAGGAGAGUUGCUCACAGUCUUGAUCACUCUGGAUGAAAUAAUUGACAAUCAUGCCACGCUGAAAGAGCACUGGACCAUGUAUAAGAGGCUGCUGAAAUCUGUCCAUCACAAUCCUUUUAAGUUUGGGAUUCAAGAAGAUAAACUAAAACCAUUUGAAAAACUGCUGUUAAAACUGGAAUGCCAGUUACUUGAUGGAAUGAUAUUUCAGGCUUGUAUAGAGCAACAGUUUGAUUCUUUAAAUGGUGGAGUGUCAGUGUCAAAGAACAGCACAUUUGCUGAAGAAUUUGCUCAUACUCUUCGCACAGCUUUCGCAAACGUUGAAGCCAAACUCGGUGAACCUUCAGAAAUUGACCAGAGAGAUAAAUAUGUGGGCAUCUGUGGCCUCUUUGUACUGCAUUUUCAGAUUUUUCGGACUGUAGACAAGAAAUUUUACAAGUCAUUGUUGGAUGUCUGUAAAAAGGUACCAGCCAUUACAUUAACAGCUAACAUUAUCUGGUUUGCUGACAACUUUCUCAUCCAGAAGAUUCCAGCUGCUGCCAAACUACUGGACAAGAAAAGUAUUCAUACAGUUAAAACACAAAGGGAGAACUUUUUACAGCAGAGGGCACAGUCACUUACCAAAGAUAUGCACUCAUACUAUGUUUUUGUGAGCUCGUGGAUGACAAAAAUGGAAUCUGUCUUGUCCAAGGAGCAACGCACGACGAAGUUCUCUGAAGAUCUUUCUAACCGCUGCAAUGUCUUCAUCCAGGGUUUUCUUUAUGCAUACAGUCUUAGCACCAUCAUUAAAACUACAAUGAAUCUUUACAUGUCAAUGCAAAAACCUGUGACCAAAACCUCAGUAAAAGCCCUGUGCAGACUUGUGGAGCUUCUGAAGGCAAUAGAACAUAUGUUUUACCGAAGGAGCAUGGUUGUGGCAGACUCUGUGACACACAUCACUCAGCAUCUGCAGUAUCAGGCUCUUCACUCUAUUUCUGUGGCCAAGAAAAGGGUAAUUUCUGAUAAAAAGUACAGUGAGCAACGCCUGGAUGUCCUCUCUGCUUUAGUGUUGGCUGAGAACACCCUAAAUGGGCCAAGUACGAAACAGAGGCGACUGAUUGUUUCCCUUGCACUGAGUGUGGGAACACAGAUGAAAACAUUUAAAGAUGAGGAACUUAUUCCCCUUCAGUUAGUUCUGAAAAAACUGGACUUGAUCAGUGAACUCACAGAGAGAGUUCGGGCACAAUGUGACUGUUGUUUCUUGUACUGGCAUCGAGCUGUCUUUCCAAUCUAUUUAGAUGAUGUCUAUGAAAGUGCAGUGGAUUCUGCUAGACUACAUUAUAUGUUUAGUGCACUACGGGACUGUGUACCUGCUAUGAUGCAUGCAAGACACUUGGAAUCUUACGAGGUGCUUCUGGAAUGCUAUGACAAAGAAAUCAUGGAAGUGCUCAAUGAGCACUUGCUGGACAAAUUGUGUAAAGAGAUAGAAAAGGACCUGCGCUUAUCAGUUCACACACACCUGAAGCUGGAUGACAGAAACCCCUUCAGAGUUGGCAUGAAGGACCUGGCUCACUUCUUCUUUCUGAACCCAAUACGUUUUUUCAAUCGAUUCAUUGACAUAAAAGCUUAUGUAACUCAUUACUUGGACAAGACCUUCUACAACUUAACGACCGUAGCUCUUCACGACUGGGCCACCUACAGUGAGAUGAGAAACUUGGCAACCCAGCGCUAUGGUUUAAGUAUGACUGAGGCACACCUUCCCAGCCAGACUCUGGAGCAGGGUCUGGAUGUUUUGGAAAUCAUGAGAAAUAUUCAUGUUUUUGUAUCCCGCUACCUCUACAAUCUGAACAAUCAGAUCUUCAUUGAAAGAACAAGUAAUAACAAACACUUGAACACCAUCAAUAUCCGACACAUUGCUAAUUCAAUUCGAACUCACGGAACAGGAAUCAUGAACACAACAGUAAACUUCACUUACCAAUUCUUGAGGAAAAAGUUUUACAUUUUUAGCCAGUUCAUGUAUGAUGAACAUAUCAAAUCCAGACUUAUCAAAGACAUCAGAUUCUUCAGGGAAGUCAAGGAUCAAAAUGAUCACAAGUAUCCCUUUGAAAGAGCAGAUAAAUUCAACCGUGGCAUCAGAAAACUUGGAAUAACCCCGGAUGGCCAGAGCUAUCUUGACCAGUUCAGACAACUCAUAAGUCAAAUUGGCAAUGCUAUGGGCUAUGUACGAAUGAUAAGAUCUGGUGGACUUCACUGCUGUAGUAGUGCAAUUAGGUUUGUUCCUGAUCUGGAAGAUAUUGUUAACUUUGAAGAGCUGGUGAAAGAAGAAGGACUCUCAGAAGAAACACAAAAAGCAGCAAGGCAGCUGGACUCUGUGCUCAGUGACCUCACCCGGAACUUUGCAGAGGGAACAGAGUACUUCAAAAUGCUGGUGGAUGUCUUUGCUCCCGAGUUCCGCAGCCCGAAGAACAUGCACUUGCGGAACUUCUACAUCAUUGUUCCCCCCCUGACCCUCAAUUUUGUAGAGCAUUCGAUCAGUUGCAAGGAGAAAUUGAAUAAGAAGAACAAAAGUGGAGCAGCUUUCACUGAUGAUGGGUUUGCCAUGGGUGUGGCUUACAUUCUGAAGCUUUUGGAUCAGUACCAGGAGUUUGAUUCUCUGCACUGGUUCCAGUCUGUUAGAGAGAAGUAUGUGAAGGAAAUAAGAGCAGUAGCUAAGCAACAGAACGUGCAGUCCUCUAAUCAAGAUGAAAAACUACUACAGACUAUGAACCUUACCCACAAGCGGCUGGAAGUUUGUUUACAGGAAUUUGAACUCCUUUAUUUCUCACUAAGUAGUGCAAGAAUUUUUUUCAGAGCAGAUAAAACUGCAGCAGAAGAAAGCCAGGAAAAGAAAGAAAAAGAAGAAGAAUCUGGUAAAGCAAGCAACGGAGAUCUUUCUAACUCUACGCCUGCAGAGCCUGUUGUGAAAUGACAUGGCUGAGCUUCUCCAGGUUAAAAUGAAGGAUGAGAAACGAAGAAAGCAAAUCCAAAACCCAAAGCAAGUACUUCAAGCCCUUCUCUGUCAGCCCUUCAGCAUUUGAGGCGCCUCUGUGACUACAAACUACAUAACUACCACCACCACUAAAAAUCUGGAUCAGAUCUCUGUGAAGAAAUUUAUUUGCAGCUGAGAUGACAACACAAGUCUGCAAGUGCAGAAUUCAGAGGUGAAUAAUUCACAGCAAGCUAUACCACAUUGUGUUCCAUAAGGCAUUUCCUUUCAAGGACCAUCCUGUGGAACGGACUCACUCUCAGGACAGGGCCAGCCAUACACUUUUUGACAAAGGGAUGUAUUUUAGAAUAGCAGUCCAGUGGGCAAAGGAGGAGGAAUGUAGAGCAAUCCCACCAAGAGAGUUAUGUGCAUUGUUAAGUGGGAUGACAGUCCAUACAGAGCAAUUUAACAGGAAGAUACAUGCAAAGAAAUGGAAUGCUUUAGGAACAGCAGACACAAGGCUUCAUGGCAGUUCAGAAAGAAUUGUACUCAGUGAUACUGCAUCACCACCUCAGCUGUACAACAGUAGGCCCAUACAAAGCUGUUUAUCGUCACUUGGAUUGCCUCCAUCUGAAAAGCUCCCAUGGAUCUGAAGGGCUCUAGUUGAGCACAAUAUUUGAUCAGUUGCCUAACUUGGCGAAAACAGGUGUAACUGCUGAGUUGAUGGUUAAAAGCUUUGUGUCUGCUUGGAAAUGAAAUCACAAGUAUUACUGAGCUACUGUGAAUUUAAGCAAUGAGCUCUCCAAAGUUCACAAUGAACAAUGAUGCAGACAGAAUGGCUGAUGAAAACAUUUCAUUUUCCCUUUCACAUUUGUUACCUUUUCAUUUUCUUUCCUUUUCGGUAACCUGCUAUACUUUGCCAUGGACACGUCAUGUUCUGUAGACAAGGAAUAUUAUUUUUUUUUAGAAAUGUGAUGUGUGUGUGCACAGAUUAAACAUGUCUUCUGUGCUCUAACAGCUGCAUAUGAAUAGAAACAAACAAAACAGGGACACAUACCAUUGCUAGCAAGGCCAAAGAGAUCCUUCAAUGUGCUUACUUCUGGAAAAGAGAAACCAAAUAUUCCAAGUAAAAUCAGCUUUUAACACUUGGUUCAACUGAGACCAUUUAUGGCAUAUUUACUGCCCAAGUCACUCCAGCCCUUUCACAGCAGAGAUCUGUACAUUGCACCUAUCUUGAAAAUGCUAAACCAGAUCAGCUGCUGGAGAAAUGAAUAAGUAGAUUAAGGGUGGAGUGAGUUUAUUUUAUUGAGCAAGUUGUCACUAUGAAAAAGAUGCCUUAUCUGCCAGUGUCAUUUCUCCAAAGAAGCACCAUUUCAGUAUGUUUAUUCUGACAAAAGAUCCUAAAAAACCAGCAGUUCUGAACAACUUCCUGACAGUGCUUAAGUGAUACUGAGAAAUUUAAGAUCCAGAGAUGCAUGAACUAAAGCCUUUUCCCUGUACAUGAAUCUGUAAUGUGGAACAUUUUUUGCUAAGCUGCUCUGUGAAAAGAGAUACGUAUCUAACACACCUGACUGCUGGCUAUGAUGCUUGCAUUACAAACACUGGCCAUGAGUUUCUGAUACAGGUAGAGAGAAGACAGACUGAACAGGCAACUUUAGCUUCACAAGUUUUGGGCACAAACUACUCUUAGUGUCCCCACCAACAUAUGCUACAACUGGCAAAACUCUCUCAAAAGGCUACAAAGAAAGCACAAUCACAAGAACAGACAUUAUGCAACUGUGAAAAUACCAAGGGGAAACUGUAGGAUGUCAUCAUGGUCUCUGAUUAUUUUUAACAUCGUACUCAUUAAUCAGUUUCACUCCCCCUUUUUUUCCCCAGACUGCUUCAUUAUGACUCAGAUGCAGAAAGACAGAAAUUUUUUCCACAUGUAACUAACUUGUAUCUAAAGGUUUCAACAGUAUUCAAUGUGUAGAUGUAACAAGAUCAAAAGUAAAAACAGUGACAGAGUUAAUCUUCCUUGCUUCCUUGUUUAAUCCCUCUAUGAAAUUCCAAUAUGGCCAAGUCUCUACUAAAAAUCGUGUCUUACAAACUGCAUCAGAAAAAAAUGGAUGCUGUGAUGGAUAGAAUAAAAAAAAAAAAAUUGACAUCCAGGGAAUUUGAAGAAACUUUCAUUUUUUGUCAUGCAGCAGCUGAAGCUUUGGUUGCAGGCUUCAUAUGCAUUUUUUGUACCUUUUUUUAAUGAAAAGCGGGAAGAACCCAUAAAUAUGGAAACAGAAUUACUAUCUCUGAGUCACAUUAAAGAGGUGGGGAAGUGUUUAUAGAAUCAACAUCCUACCAUCCAAAUCCCGCUGUAUAUUUAACAGUUAUGAUAAACAAUGUAUUCAUUAACAUAGACACCUGGAUGUCUUCACAAUUUCAAAUCAGAUACUAUCAGGAACUUAAACCAGUCGUUAUUUUGCUGUAGUUGUUUUGUCUCCCACCAAAAUGAUGUCUACAAGAAGGAUGCAAGUGGGACUGUAACAAGUGAAAUGAGCAGUGGGCUUUAAAAAAAAAAAAAGGAAAGAAAGAAAGAAAUGCUGCUAUAAAAACUCACAUUUCUAUUGCAUAAGUAGGUAAGAGUGUCCUUGACCUUGAAUAUGAGCUUGUUUCUUUUGAAAUUACAUCAAAUAUUUGCAUUACUGCCUCGCUGUUUAAGUAAUGAAUUUCCAAAUUUGUGAAAUCAGGUAACUUGGAACUACCCUUGCAUGGCAAGGACUUAAAGAGGACUGCUUCCUUAAAAAGGAGGGAAUAUACUGUUCCCUGAAGUUAGAACAACAUUCUUGCUUGUGCUUGUCAAACAGCCCCAAACUUCUGAAGUGGGAUAAAUACUGUUUGCAAGCCCAAUUCACUGCUGAAUUUCCCUUCUGGCAAUUAUAACAUCAAUGACUUCACUGAAAUUACACUGGUGUAAAAGCAGGGUGACCCAACAAAGAACAAAGCUGUAUUUUUAAACUUGCACCAUAUGGUGCAUAAAAUGUUAUGUGGUGAACUUGAACUGGUUUUGUCUGAGUAAAAGCAUGCACCUGUCAAUGAAAUUCUGUAGCAGAAAAAAAAACCUAAAAAACUUUUCUGUGAAUCACCAAAGAACAAAUUAAUACAUGGCAUUAUGUCUCAGUUUAUGGUGCAAUAAGCAAGAAGGAACACAUGAGGAAAACAGAAACUUAGAAUAAAAUUUACCUGUGAG